CUCUGUCUGUUAAACUGACAACAUAAUUAAAAGGGAGAGCCAGAAGGAAGCACAGACCUGAGGGCUCACUGAGAAGUAAAGCAACUCCACAGUUACGCCACCAUAAACCAUCCUGAGUGAUCUUUUAAGAAGAAAAAGACAAAGUAGAAGAGCAGCAUUUUAUUUACUGAUAAUGAUAAAAAGCUAACCCAAAGACAAUAGAACGAGAUGCCUUUACACAAAUACCCACCUCGCCUGUGGGAAGCCUUAAAGUUAAAGAAAGGAAUCUACGCCCGUCUGCCUCAGCAUUACCUCAAAACCCUCCAGGACACAUCGCCCCCGACUCCUGUGCAUUGGAGACCUCUGGGGGUGAAAUACAGAGCGAACCCGAAAACAGGCCACAAAGAGCGGGUUCAGGAUGUACCCAUUCCUGUUUAUUACCCACCGGCGUCACAGGAUGGCCUGUGGGGUGGAGAGGGCUGGAUAUCUGGCUUCAGAUACGCCAAUAAUGACAAGCUUUCCGCACGAGUGCAGAAGACAUGGAAACCUCAGCUCUUCAAGAGGGAGCUGUACAGUGAAAUCCUCGACCAAAAGUUUAACAUUACAGUCACAGCUCGGACGCUGGAUCUUAUCGACACCGCCUACGGCUUUGAUUUCUACAUUUUGAAGACACCAAAGCAGGACCUGUGCUCCAAGUUUGGCAUGGACCUGAAACGCGCUAUGCUCCUGCGCUUAGCGCGCAAAGACACUGAGCUCUACCCAGAUGAUCUGGCUCGCAGAGAGAAGGUCUACAACAAAUACAAGCAGUUUGAGAUUCCUGCUGAGGAGGCGGAGUGGGUCGGCCUGAGUCUGGAAGAGGCAGUCGAGAAACAGAGACUACUUGAGCACAAGGAUCCAGAGCCACUUUACAAGAGCCGUGUUGAGAGCCUGGUGAAGGAACUGGCCAUGCAGAAGCUCACUGAACCCCAGCUUGUGGAAAAGAAAGACUGAUGUGAAGAGAAAUGAAAAAGUAUUUAUUGGGGUUUUGUUUUCUGCUGUAAUUGCUUACUUUUGUACCGACGGCAUUUACGAUAUGCCAAUAUCCUGUAAAUAUCUAACUUCUAGUCAAACAAUAAAUAAACAUUUAUCAGGAGAGAUUUAUGAUGUGUGCUUUUCUUCUGCGUUAGAUCAAUCACUUAAUUCUGCCAGCAGGUGGCACGGACUCAACUAUAGUCCCUGUCUCAGAAGAAAUCUUCAUAUCGUUUUCAAACCACAAUGCAUACACAACACACACAUGUAUCUAAGUGUAUUAAAGAGAAGUCUGUAGCUCAACCAGUGUUUAUAUGUACAGUAUAUCACGCUAAAAGGUUAGUAGUUGGUACAAUAUGACAAUAUGUGGACU